CUAAGAUUUGUCAAUUAGUACGCAGGGUUAGAGAGAGAAAGAGAGCGAAGCCGUUGCUGAAGAGAGAAGGGAGGGGAGGGGACCGAACGAACACAGUUGAGGAAGUUGAAGGGGAAGAGAGAGAGAGAGGGGGGGCAAGCGUUAAUGGCAACGAUUCUCGUUCUGGUUCUCUCUUGAACUUUGAUUUUAUGCGUCAAUUGUUGCAGGGAGGCCAUUGAAGUUUGAAGUUUAAACAGAUCGAGGAAACAACGCCAGCUUCAUUCAUUCCAUGACCUAGUUCAGACACAUCAACAACAAACACCAUCAUCCAGAUCAUCCAAUCCCCUCACGCUCGCACCGAUCCUGCUCCCUAUUUCACCCUAGUUUAGUGUUUCUCUCUCUAGAACUCUCCUCCAUCUCGAUUCCCAGGGUUUCUCUCUCUAACGCCUCACCCCUUUCUCUCUCUAAAAAUGCCCACCGAUCUGACCUAAUCUGAACCCUCCCACACUGUCUCUCUUUAUCAGAUCAUGCCGUCCUCUCUCCAGGACAGCUUCCCCUCAACCCCAGGCAAAGUGAAGAUCGAUCGGAGUCACUACAAUCUCAGCCGUCAGAUCAACCGGUGGCUCUCUUCCUCGGCAACCCUCGUGUUCUGGUCCCUCUUCCUCCUCGCCCUCACCGCCUCCUUCGCCUGCCUCAAAACCUCAUUCACCGUCCCGCAGAGCCAUGCCCGUGGCGCCACCACCGCUGCCGCCUCAUGGGGCGGCCCUGCCUGGGAGAAGCAGCUCCGCCGAUCCUGCGAAACCCGUCGCGCCAACGCCCAGGUCGUCUUGGUCACGGGCGCCGCCGGCUUCAUCGGAACCCACGUCUCUCUGGCUCUGAAGAAACGAGGCGAUGGGGUACUAGGGCUCGACAACUUCAACGAUUACUACGACCCGUCGCUGAAGCGUGCUCGCCAGUCGCUGCUGGCGCGGCAUGGGAUCUUCGUGGCCGAGGGGGACAUCAACGAUGGUGCGCUCCUCUCCAAGCUCCUUGACUUCGUGCCCUUCACCCAUGUCAUGCACCUGGCCGCGCAGGCCGGUGUGCGCUACGCCAUGGAAAACCCUAAUUCCUAUGUCCACAGCAACGUGGCGGGGCUGGUGUCCCUGCUGGAGGCUUGCCGCAAGGCCAACCCUCAGCCCGCGAUCGUGUGGGCUUCGUCGAGCUCGGUGUACGGGCUCAACAGUGAGGCGCCGUUCUGUGAGGCAGACCGGACGGACCGGCCGGCCAGCCUCUACGCCGCCACCAAGAAGGCCGGAGAGGCCAUUACACACGCCUACAACCAUAUAUACGGGCUAUCGGUGACCGGGUUGAGGUUCUUCACCGUUUAUGGACCUUGGGGGCGGCCCGACAUGGCGUAUUUCGCCUUUACAAGGAACAUUUUGCAGGGUAAAGCCAUCACCAUUUACAGGGCACGCGGCGGGGCCGAGCUGGCGCGUGACUUCACCUACGUUGACGAUGUGGUGCGCGGGUGCGUUGCUGCGCUCGACACGGCGCAGCCGAGCACGGGCAGCGGUGGGCGCAAGCGCGGUAGCGCGCAGUACAGGAUCUACAACUUGGGCAACACGACGCCGUUGAGCGUGCCUCAGCUGGUGAGCAUACUGGAGCGGCACUUGCGGGUGAAGGCCACCAGGAACGUUGUGGAGAUGCCUGGCAACGGGGAUGUGCCCUUCACCCAUGCCAAUGUGACCAUGGCUAGGUUGGAGCUCGGCUACAAGCCCACCACGGAUUUGCAGGCGGGGUUAAAGAAGUUUGUGAAGUGGUACCUUAAUUACUAUGGUUAUGAGCAUAACGGAAAGGGCAAGAUUUGAUUGGGAAAUAUAUUUCUCUCUCUCUCUCUCUCUAACACGCACUCUCUCUCUCUUUGAGAUCUCUGGACUUGGAGCAUUGGUUUAUUAGGUGUUUUUUAGGCUAAUAUAAAUUCAUUUCUUUGGUAAGUAAAAUGGGAAAGUCGAGGAAUAAAAAUGUUUCAAUAAGUUUUGGACA